UUCGCUUGCGGCGUGUCCCUUAUCUGCUUGCUUUCAGCCCCGCAUCACGGUACGAAUGGCUCUGCCAGCGCUACACUUGUAUUUCUUUCUUCGCUGAAGCCUUUCAGUCUUCGGCUCUGGCUCCCGCGGCGGCAUCAAACGGGUUUCUGCUCUUUACCUCCAUGCGCCCAUCAUGAUGGCGCCCAAGCAACUCCAUAGUGAAAAAUUCGGCGAAACGUUCAAAACUGGUAACGGGAGCGGCGGCAUUUUCGCGAGCUGGAAAUGCGCCUCCGCGGAAGCCGCCGUUGUGUGCAGCGCAGCCGCCGUAUCGGCCGCCGCCGCCGCAGGCGCGCAGCUCAACUGGUGGCGGAACCGCCGCGCCGGCCAUAAUUCGCGCCUAAUCUUGGUGCUCCUUCUGGCCGCGCUCGUCGCCGUCACGCGCGACAGCAGCGGCGGUGCCUCCGCUCUCUUCAUCCGCAUAUGGCGCUCGUCGCGCAACAUGAUUCUUCUCGGAGAUCCCACGCCCGGCGACGCGGCGGCGGCGGCGGCUGGGACGCCAGGAGCGCCGCCAGGUAUUCGAGGCGAUUGGCAGCCGCCGCCGCAAUCGCCGAGAGACGAUUUCGUGGACGCGUCGGAGUGGCCGCUGGCGCCGCCGAAUGCGGCGGCGGCGGAUGCUGACGUCGAAGUCGCGCGUACGCCGGAGCGCCGCGGCGGCUCUCGAUCACAUCCAGACAUUGUUGUCUGGGCAAAGGGCCCCCUGCACGACCGGCUCGAUGCGCUGUGCGCGGGCUACGCCGUGCGCGGCGUGCUUUCCGCCGCGCUCACGUCCUCCCAGGAGCUUUCCUUGGAAAACACCUUUCAAGAGCAUCCCCUUGAAAAGAGCUUAAACGACUCCGACUCCGAGUCGCUCGACUCAGCGCGGCGGCGGCCCAGCGCGCAGCUCCCCCCGGACUCCGAUUCGCCACGCGGCGCGCGGCUGCGGCUGCGGCUGUGGCCGCGCCGGCAUGUGCGCGUGGGCGUGCUGUGGCUUCCCGACGCCGCCCUGCCGCACUCCCGCCUGCACCACCUCCUCGCGCUGCUGCCGCCCCUCUCCGCGCUCUCGCCCAGCGGUGACGCGGAGGGAAGCGGUCAACGCGGUCAACGCAGCGGUCAACGCGACGGUCAACGCGACGGUCAACGCGGCGGUCAAGGCAGUGACGAUUGUGAAGGUCAAGAUUGUGAUGGCGGCGACGGUGAAGGCGAGGGCGGGGGCGAGCAGAGUGAGAGACAAGGCAACGCCAAGAGCGACGCAGCAACGGUGCUGUACCGCCGGCCUGCGUGGCUCGACAGCACACGCUACAAUGCUGUGAGCCUCACUCUGCGGAUCCCUCAAGCCCCGUCAGCAGUCAACCGCCACCCAUCCCACCACUCCCCCCCUUCCUCCUCUCACCCCUCCCGCCAACUCCCCCUCUCUCUCUUCCUCGCCUCCUCCCUCGCUCCCCUCCUCCCCCCCCUCUCCUCCCUGGACCAGUCCCAAUUGUGCAUGUCACUGCACCGCUGCUACAGCCUGCUACGGCCGUCGCUGCCAGUGCAGCAGCUCAUAGCCAAGGAGAACAUGACACGUGUCAGGCAAAGCACAGCUGUCUACCUGGAGUCCGUCCCUCCCUCCUCCUCUCCCUCCCCCUCUCCCUCCUCCUCUUCCCCCUCUUCUUCCCUCCCCUUCGUCUUCUCCUCCCCCCACCCCGUCUGCCCCUCCUGCCCCCCCUCCCUCCUCCUCAACUGCACGGCCCGGCGCCUCAUGUGGUUCUUCCUCCGAAACCCUCUCUCCGACGCCACAGUGGCCGCCUUCCACCCCUCGCAGGCCCUCGCGAUCGCCCACUCUUUCCACGCCAACCGCCAGCCGCACCUGCUCUCAGCCACCCUGCGCCGCGCUGCGCUGUGCCGGCCCAACCCGCGGUGGGGGGAGGUGGGUGAGCCGGCCGUUGUGGCGGCGGCGCUGAGCGUGAAGGAGAGCGAGAAGCGGUGGUGGGUGAAGCAGAUGGUGCGCCGCAUGAUGCGUGAGGAGGAGCCGCAAGAUGCACAUGGCGAUGGCCGCCAGUAUGGUCACGGGCAUGGGCAUGGUCACGGGCAUGGGCAUGGGCACGGGCAUGGGGAUACAGAAUUGCAUGGGCAUGGGAACAGGGGCAAGGGCCGGCCGCGGUGGCAGUCAAUCCUGUGCGCGCGGCUGGAGGCCGCAGAGCUGUUUGCGCUGGCCCACGCGCGCGGACUCAUCCACGCACUGCACUCCCCGCAGGCCGACCUCGUGCAUGCGCAGGCACGCACUCGGGGCGCUGUGGUGGUGGUGCGCGAUGGGAGUGUGGCUCCGGAGAGCGAACCCAUGGAGGAAGAGGGAGGAGAGGAGGGGGAGGAGGGGGAAGAGGGGAAUGAAGGGGGUGAGGAGGGCGGCAUUGCUGAGCAAGUGGGAGCCAGCAAGGAGGGAGGCAGGGAGGGUGGGAGUAGCCCAGAUGGCUUGGGGAGUGGCUGGGCGGGUGCUGCUGGCGCUGCUGUUCCUGCUGGUGCUGAUGGCGCUGCUGGCGCUGUUGGUAGGGCUGUGACGCGGCGCCUGAGAUCGUCCGGUGCAGAGCGGUCGGAGCAGGGAGGGGAGGUUGAGUGGUUUGAGGUGGAGAGGGCGUUGUGUGAUGCGCCGCCCAUGAAGCCCAUCACGGAGCACCGCGUGGGGCAGCAGCUCAUAGUUGACGAGUCCCUGGGGGUGUUGUAUUGCGCGGUGCCCAAGGUCGCGUGCACGAGCUGGAAGAUGUGGCUGCUGCAGCAGCGCCACGACCCGCACGCCAUGGACCGCAUCUCCGUGCACCGGCCCUACCGAACGAGCCUCCCGGCCGUCUGGUUCGGGAUGUCCGAGCCUGAGGCGAUCCGAGCCGUGACGCGGCGGGACCUGGUGCGGUUUGUGUUUGUGCGCAACCCGUUCUCGCGCCUUGUCUCGGCUUAUAUGGACAAGGUCGUGCAGGGCGAGGGGAACGGCUGGCGCGUCCGAAUCGGGUGGACGCUGCGCUUCUUCCUCCGCCUGGCGACCAUCAACCGCCACACCCACCGCCCCUUCUCCCUCGCCGACGUCACCCACCCCUCCUCCCACCUGGCGUCCCCCGCGCUCUCCCCCUGGGCGGCGCUGCGCAUGGCGGUGGGCGCCGUGCUGGGCUUCCGGGAGUUUGUGCAGCUGGUGGAAGAAACCAGGAGGUUGGAUGAUCUGGUCAGCAUGGACAACCACCUCGCGCCGCAGGCCUUCCUGUGCGGGCUGGGGCACAUCAAGUACGACGUGGUGGGGCGCUUUGAGCAUCUGCAGGAGGACGUGCAGGCGGUGCUGCAGAGACUGGGCAGGGCAGGGGGAGCAGAGGGGGGGGGAGGAGAGGGAGGGGGAGAGGGAGGGGGAGCAGGGAAGGUUGCGGACCCGUUUGCGAUGGGCAAGGGCGUUCACUUCACCAACUCGUCCAGCCGCGUGUUCGACAUGUUCCGAGAUAAGGAGACGUAUUUGAGGGUGAAGCAAGUGUACGCAGUGGACAUGCGGUCGUCGCUCAACGACCUGCACUACGACCCUCCGGCAGACUUGGCAGCCAAGUUUGAAGACUGAAGCUGGGUGGGCUUGAUUUAGGAGCUAAUGUGGUGGGUGUUAACGUAGAAAUGAAUGAUUACUAGAGGUGGAAACCUAGAACAAAUACUAGUUGGUUGUACUCACUAGAAGCAUACCUCAGUCUAGCCUAUAACUUCUACAUAGAUAAUAUGUAUAAGUUGACACACCCCCUAGGCUAGACAAGGGAAAUGAAUGAUUACUAGAGGUGGAAACCUAGAACAAAUACUAGUUGGUUGUACUCACUAGAAGCAUACCUCAGUCUAGCCUAUAACUUCUACAUAGAUAAU